AUGCAGACUGCAAACAACCGUGCUGCUCCCACCAAGGACGGGUUCGUUACCCCGGUGAAGCAGGUGAUCAGACAUGAGUCGGGCGGCGCGCCGGCCGUCGGCCCGCCCAUCCAGCUGGCCGAACCAGAGCGCGUGACGGGCGGCGAGCGGCUGGCCGCGCUCGCCGCCCUCUACGCCCACCUCGUCGAGCACCACCACCUGCUGGGGCUCUCGAUCGAGCUCAACUUCUUAGUGCGCCUCGCCGCCGCCGACGACGAGCGGCCCGACUCGCUGGCCUUCUACGCCGAGCUCGUGUACCGGCCCAACUUCCCCAGCGACGCGGCGUUCAACGCCUUCCGGCGCCAGCACGACCUGUUCCACCAGCUGGCAGACCGCUCCCGCCUGCAGCGGCUCAACGACAGGUUUCUGAAGCCGGUGUGCGUGGGCCGGGCCGGCGGGCGGCGCGACUUCCCGGAGGCGCAGGAGCUGUUCCGCCAGCUGCUGCUGCGCGCCGACUCGGCCGAGUUCUCGGCGGCGCUGCGCGACCUGCUGGCCAGCAGCCUGCUCGAGCUAGACGCGCAGGCGCUGCAGCUGCCUGACUCAGGUGUGCUGCCGGCCACGGUGCAGGAGGUGUCGGAGCGCAUCUUCCGUCUGCGGCUGCUGGCCAAGUUCCUCGGCCUGGUCACCUUCCGCGGCCUGCACUCGGACGAGGACAUCCCCGAGCAGGUGCUCACCAGCAGCGUGCAGAUGAGGAACCGGCUGCCGCCUCCUCUGGACCUGCUGAGCUGCCUGCAGGCGGCCGUGCGCCGCCGCCAGCUGGUGAUCACGCUGCCCUGGCUGAUCGAGUACAUCUGCAUGAUGGACCGCGUCAGCGUGCUGACGGCCGCCCACCAGGCCGUCUUCAGCCUGCUGGUGGGCCUGUUCCGCUCGCUGGGACGCGCCGCCGGUCUCACGCGCCACAACGCGCUCUUCCUGCGUCUGCAGUACGAGAACCUGUACGAGAUCCACUCGCACGUGCAGAAUCUGCACGACGAGGGCGACCUGGCCGCCGCCGACCGGCGCCGCGUGGACGAGGUGCGCGCCGAGUUCGGCCGCCUCUACCUCCGCCCGGCGGAGCUGGAGGAGGGCUUCUUUCCAGUCCGCAUCACCCGUCGCUGCGGCGGACGGCCGCGUUCGUGGUGGAGCGGCUGA